AUGUGCAACAGCAUCUGCUUGAAGAUCUCUGGCCUGCAGUGGCAGGCAGGAUUUGCGCUUCACCUCACCGAGGUGAUCCAGAACAGCGUUCUGACGGACGCCAUGGAGGAUGCCCUUCAGGACGCCUGUGACCAACUGUCUACAUCCCUCGCGGCGGCGGCUGCGGCGGGGGCUCCCAUGCAAGUGCGCGGCGCUGGUGCGCCCACGCGCGAUCAGCUCCUGCGGUGCCCCAACAACUACCUCGCGAACAAGGGCUGGAUUGCGCUCGAGAACCCUCGAGCCACCUGCGAGGAGCGCGACGAGAUCGUCGUGAUCAGGCUCGGCUCGGUUGGCGUUCGCCACGCGAACGAGGACGGGCUGAUCAAGUUGGUCAUGUGCCUCCUCAUUGACAUCGAGCAGCGGCUCCACGGACACUGGCAGUCGUCCAACGACAUCUACAAGAGGGUGAAGCGCGUGAAGUCGUUGUUCACCAACCAGCAGCCCUGGGUGGGCACGUGCACCGAUAGGUUCCCCGACGACCCCGUCGGCACGCACUUGAUGAGUUUCUACUCGGCGGCAGAUCCUCCGAUCGCGCGGGCCAACCACUCGUGCGCGUACAUCAGCCAGCACGUGCCGUUGCGUAGCACCAGCAAGCUGCUCAAGACAGAUGACCGCAUGCAUAAUGCAGAUCGGUCCGACCCAAUGCAGCAAGCGCUUGCCACCUGCGUGCAGGCGGUCAGAGCGGCCUCCGCUGCAGCUGCAGCUCCUGGCAAUGACCUGGGCCUCACGUGCGCGGGCAAGUACGCGCACUUGUCGCCCUCGGGGUCGUCGCAGUGGUCGCGCCGUGGAGACUGGGGCUCCCAGCAGUCAUGGGAUUCGUGGGCGAGCGAGCCCUGGUCGGAGAGCAGCAAGGCGCACUUCAAGCCACGGCUGGGCACUGGCGAGCAGACCUUAGAGCAGUACGAGGAAGAGGCAUUCACUCGCCUCAAGAUGAGGAAGCCAGCAGCUGCUGCCACCAAGACAGGUGCUGCGCCAGCCGCGAAGAAAAGGCCCGCUGCAGCGGCCCUGCAGGGCGAGGCGAAGACGAUCAAAUACACGAUCAAGUGGGAGAAGGCCGACAAGAAGAGUACCAAGAACGCCUUCGCGUCGAGGCACUACGGCAGGGCCACGAAAAAGGCGAAGGAGCAGUUCCCUGGCAUCAGCGAGCUCGACCUGAAGGCGACCAUUCAGAAGGUUUACAGGGACGCGGCGGCGCUCUGGUCCAAGCACAUGGGCAGAGGACCGCUUUCGGGCCCGCGCUCGCGCGGGCUCAGGGUUUUUGCCGUGGCCGCAGAGGGCAUCUCGACCUCGUGGCCACCGAAAAUGAGCGAAUGA